UGCGCUCAUGGAGCUUUCACAACAUACUCUCCGAUUCAUCGUUCCACAUCAUCCAGUAUGCGAGGCGGGAAUGUGGCAGGCGCAGCGCUAGCGACUGUAUGCGGAAUCGCUACUGCUUACACAACCUUUGUGCCAGCACUGGAAGAAGAGGCGGAGAGAAAGGCUGGGACAUUCGAGGCGCAGCAUGGGACUGAAGGUGACAAUGCGAGAGAGAAAGAUACACAAUUGAGCAGGGCCAUUCUCAGCGAUCUGAAAGAGGCGAAGAAGCAGGCUAUUGGGGAGGAUCAAGGACGGGGAGGCUUUGCGUGGGGAAUAAGGCAGUGGUUUUGGUCUUCUGGUGAGCCUGCGACCAAGACAAAUGGAGACGGCAAUACUGGAAAAGCAGCAUCUGGUGUUACGGAGCGUAAAGAGGAGAAUGGCAAGUGAAGCAUAGAGAAUGCACAAGCUUGCCCGCCUCUGCCACCGGACUGGAAACACGGAAGUCGAAUAAGACACAAGAUCGCGCUACACAGGCCAAACGACUGCAGCCGC